AUGGAAGCGAUAUUGAGUACAAAUUUCAAAGAUUUUAGCAUCGGCCCGAGAAGGGAGAUCACAUUUCCCAUGUUUGGAGACGGCAUCUUCACUCAGGAGGGUGCAGCUUGGAAGCAUUCGAGAGAACUUUUGCGACCACAGUUCGUCCACAAGCAUUACGAGGACUUAUCCAUCUUCCGGGACGCAGUCGAUGAUCUCAUCAACGCUAUCGCAGCUUCUGGCGACGUCCUUUACCUGCAGCCCCUCUUCUUUCGACUUACACUUGACACAACGACUGCCUUCUUAUUUGGCGAAUCUGUGCGGAGUCUCCGAGCACCCGAUUCGACCGGAGAAGAGACUUUCGCUAAUGCCUUCAACAUCGCGCAGGAAUAUGUCGCGAAGAGAUUCAGACUGCUGGACCUCUACUGGUUGAUUGGGGGCCCUAAAUUCCGAGAGGCCUGUAACAAUGUCCACAAGUUUGCCGACCGAAUCAUUGAGCGUAACCUCUCAAAUCGCAAGACUGGUAAUCCGCCGCUUGAGGGAGAAACAUUCUUAGAUACCGUGGCGGCGGUCAUGCCUGAUAGAGGUGCGUUGAGAAGUCAGAUUAUCAACGUCUUGGUUGCUGGCCGGGAUACCACUGCCUGUCUCCUGUCGUGGACCUUCUUCACUCUAAUCCGACAUCCUAAAGUCUUCGACAAGCUCCGAGCGGAAAUCAAGACGACAUGCCCAGAUCCUUCUCAACUGAACCGCACUGAUUUACGAAGAAUGACUUACUUGCAAAAUGUCAUCAAGGAAACACUUCGGCUUUAUCCCUCGGUCCCAGUCAAUACUCGAACUGCAAUCAAGACAACUGUGCUGCCUACCGGAGGCGGCCCUGAUCGCUGUGCCCCUGUGUUAAUACCGAAAGGCGCUGCAGUUGCGUAUAGUGUCUACUCAAUGCACAGGCGGCCUGAUCUUUACGGAAUGGAUGCAGAAAUAUUUCGACCGGAACGAUGGGAAGAUGAGCUUCCGCUCAACCAAAAUUCAACAAAUGCGAAAUGGGGAUAUCUUCCUUUCAAUGGAGGCCCCAGAAUAUGCUUAGGAAUGGACUUUGCCGAGACGGAGGCCGCAUACACGAUUGUCCGACUCAUCCAGCGCUUCCCGGAGAUGAGAUUACCUUCCAACGAGAUCGUCGAGUUGACUGGGGUGGAAAAGCAAACCAUGACUCUCGUUAUGUUUAUCACAGAGGGUUGCAAAAUCCAAGUCAAUGCAUAG